AUACACACGUAUAAUAGUUGUAUACAUAUUUCUAUGGAUAACCUAUGAAAGUGUACAAAUAAAAAACUUAUUAUAAAUAAAAACUUAUUAGAAUAAUAUUGUUUAAUAAGUUGUAUAAAAGUUGUAUUGUAAAUGUAGUACAAUAGUAAUAAAUAAAGUAUUCUGAUAAAAAAUUUAUUAAGAAUGUCCGCAACUAAAAGAAAACAGUAUUUGUUUGAUAAAGACGUACCACUUAGUAAAUAUGCUUUAAGUGAACUUAAAAAAAUUUUGAAAAGAGAGAAGUUACAAAACAACGAAUUGCUGUCUUGCAGUAGUAGGAAUAUAAGUGACCAAAGUAAUCCUCAUGUUUUAUUGGAUGAAACGGACAAUGAUGUAAUAUCAUUAGCAUUAGACGAGUCUGUAUCGGCUAAUCAAAAUCCUAUCACAUCGGAGCAACAAUUACUGAUUAAUAAUAAUUCUAGUUUUGCCUGGAGUGACUUAUUAAGUGAUGAUGAAGAACUACAACUACCUUCAUGUACAAAGUCAACAUCAAAUAGUAUACGAGAACUUAUAAAUAAUGAGGAAUUCUUCAAUGUGUUGUCGUUGAAUGUGCAAAAAAGCCAAGCUGAAUUAUUACUGAUGUUAUUGAAAUUUUCAAUAGCAAACACCUUAUCAAUGACAGGUAUUUCUAAUUUGUUUAAACUAAUUAAUCUAGUAUGUGGCAGCGCUGUAGUACCUGAAACUCGAUAUAAAAUUGACAAAUUGUUUGAUGAUGACAUUAUUACACUACAUGGGGUAUGUCCUGCAUGUACAAAUUAUAUUGGAACAUUUCAAGAUUUUAAUUAUGUAGUAAAUUGUGCAAAUUGUGACAAACCUGUAAAUAUGUCAAAUCCAUCAAGUCAGUGUUAUUUUGCUAUAUUUGAUCCGUCAAAUGCAAUACAGGAUUAUAUAGAAACUAAUGAAAAUUAUUAUGAUUAUGUUGUAAAAGAAAGAGAGCAUGAAAAAAAUCAUAUAAAAGAUAUAUACGAUGGUGUGCUGUAUAGAAAAUUUGUUCAAAGUUUGAAAGAUUCUGAUCGCCACUCGUAUGCUACAGUAAUAUUUAACACAGACGGAGCACCAGUUUUCGAAUCGUCUACUUAUUCUAUAUGGCCUAUAUAUUUGAUUCUUAAUGAGAUUCCUAUACAGAGCAGAAUGAAAAGUGCGAUCACUGCUGGACUAUGGUUUGGCAAAGAUAAACCAAUAAUGAGCGUUUUCUUGGAUGCAUUCGUAAAUAUGAUAAAUGAUUUAUCAACAGUGGGUGUGGGUAUACCCUGUAUGAUAAAAAAUGAACGACGUAACCUGAAAAUUUUUGCAUUGGUUGCUUCUGUGGAUACUGUAGCUAGAGCACCAAUGAAUGGAUCAAGUCAAUUUAAUGCAAGAUAUGGUUGUGAUUGGUGUACACAUAAAGGGCAAUAUUUUCAAGGAAGCAUGCGAUAUCCUUUUCGGAUUCCAUUACCAAAAAAUAGAGAUCAUGAUACUACAAUCAAACAUGCAGCAGAGGCAGUUGAAACAGGUAAACGUGUUUUUGGAAUCGUAACUGCUUCUCCUCUUUUAAAUUUGAAGAAGUUUGAUAUUAUAGAAGGUUUUACGCCUGACUAGAUGCACUGCUAUGUAGCAGGUGUUGCAAAACAAUUUACUACAUAUAUAUUGAGACAUUUAAGAAAAGCCGAUAUCCAGUAUAUUAAUCAGUUACUUGAAGCAAUCCGUGCUCCUCACCAAAUAGGUCGAUUAACAAGAUCUCUAAAAAAUAGAAAAUACUGGAAAGCUGAAAUGCUACAUGAAUUUGUAUCGAAAGCCGAAGAUCUGUACUCUUUAACUUCAUUAACAUAUAAUGUACACCAGUUACUUCAUUUGCCUACGAGUGUGUACAAUUGGGGGCCAUUGUAUUCACAUUCGACAUAUCCUUUUGAAUCAGCAAAUUGUAAAUUGCUGCAGGCCAUUCAUUGUGCUAAGGGUGUUAUCUUACAAAUAGCAAGAUAUGACAAAAUUCAAAGAGCAAUACAAAUGUUGUCUAACAGUAUUUAUCCUACUUGUCAUGAAAGUGUUGUACAAUAUUGUGAAAACGUUAAAACUCCAUUGGGAAAGAAUAUAUAUAAAAUAUCUAGCAUUAAUUAUUUAGGUAAAGGAAAAAGUGCCAAUAACGACACACUUGAGAAAUUUGGUAUAUCAAAAGAUGCACGAGUUUUUCACAAAAUUAUUUAUAAAGGAUGUUUGUUUAUGACUUCAAAAAAAAAAUGCUCGAUCAUGCAAUUACUUUGCACAACUUGACACUGGGGAAUACGUAGAAAUAAAAUAUUUCCUAAUCAACGAUAAAAGUAAUCAAGAAUUGACUAUUUGUCAGCUAAUUAAGACAAAGCCUAAUAAGUAUUCAUCAUUUGUACAAGAAGUGUUAGAAUUUUCAAACGAAUUAUGUAUUAAUACAACCAAAAUAUCAGCAACCUGUGUAUUUAUUGAAAUAGAAACUAAAAUGUACAUAAUUGCAGUGCCGAAUCAACUAUUUUAUUAAUAACGAUCAUUAUGUGUUACUUAAUAAAUAUUUCUGUGUAUAUAUGUAUAUAUAUGUAAAUUACAAUAUUGUAAAUAUAAUUUUGUACUCAGCAUUAUAUAAAGAUAAAUAAAAAAAUAGUAUAUAUGUAUAUAUGCAUAGUAAUAAAUCA